CGCGGCCCCGCCCAGGCGGCUGCCCGUGACCUGCCUGGGUGCAGGGAACGGGAAGUCGGAAGGGGUAAGAAGAGUCCAGUUCGUCAUGGGGCUGUUUGGAAAAACCCAGGAGAGGCCUCCCAAAGAGCUGGUCAAUGAAUGGUCAUUGAAGAUCAGAAAGGAAAUGAGAGUUGUUGACAGGCAAAUAAGAGAUAUCCAAAGAGAAGAAGAGAAAGUAAAAAGGUCUGUGAAAGAUGCAGCCAAGAAGGGCCAGAAGGAUGUCUGUAUGGUUCUGGCCAAGGAGAUGAUCAGGUCAAGGAAGGCUGUGAGCAAGCUCUAUGCAUCCAAAGCACACAUGAACUCUGUGCUCAUGGGAAUGAAGAACCAGCUUGCGGUCCUAAGAGUAGCUGGUUCCCUGCAGAGGAGCACAGAAGUGAUGAAGGCUAUGCAGAGUCUUGUGAAGAUCCCAGAAAUCCAGGCCACCAUGCGGGAGCUGUCCAAGGAGAUGAUGAAGGCUGGAAUCAUAGAGGAGAUGUUAGAGGAUACAUUCGAAAGCAUGGAUGAUCAGGAAGAAAUGGAAGAAGCAGCAGAAAUGGAGAUUGACAGAAUCCUCUUUGAAAUCACAGCAGGAGCCUUGGGCAAGGCACCCAGUAAAGUAACUGACGCCCUUCCUGAGCCUGAACCUUCAGGAGCGAUAGCUGCCUCAGAAGAGGGAGAUGAUGAGGAGGAUGAAGAGAACCUGGAGGCCAUGCAGUCCCGGCUGGCCACACUCCGAAGCUAGGGCCACCCAGUUGGGGCCUCAACUUUCUGGUGCCCUCUUCUAGGUGUGGGCACAGCCUCCGAGGAAUCACUGUUUCCUGUAUCUCUUGCACUACACCUCUGCUGUGAAGCAUUGCAUUUUGGAAAGGGUUCUGUGCUAGUAUAUCUUCACUGUUGGCAGAGG